GACCCACUCACUCACACUUAAAUGGAGACAUCACCGUCGUCCCCACCUUCACCGCCGGAGAUUCUCGACCUCGAUUCCAUUAGAGCUCUCAAGAUUCUCGGUAAAGGCGCCACAGGAACUGUAUUACUCGCACACGACAUCGUUUCACUCUCUUCUUCUUCUUCUUCUUCCUUUGCCGUCAAGCUCGUCCACAAAUCCUCCGCCUCCUCUCUCCGCCGUGCACGGUGGGAAAUCGAUGUUCUCCGUCGUCUCUCCGUUGACUCGAAUCAAAACCCUUUUCUCCCUCGUCUCUUAUCUUCCUUCGAGUCACCGGAAUUCUUCGCAUGGGCCGUCCCUUAUUGCUCCGGCGGCGAUCUCAACGUCCUCCUUCGCCGUCAAAACGACGGCGUUUUCAGCUCCUCCGUUAUUAGAUUCUACGUGGCUGAGAUCGUCUGUGCGCUUGAGCACCUUCAUUCCAUGGGCAUCGCUUACAGAGACUUGAAACCCGAGAACAUUCUGAUUCAACAAUCGGGUCACGUUACACUCACCGAUUUCGACCUCUCUCGGAGCCUCCAAAUACCCACCCGUCCCCAAUUCUAUCAACCCGACCCGGAAUUGAGCAACCACCGGAAAAAAAAUCGGAGCUUUACUCGUUGGAUCUCCCCUGCGGCGACAGAGAGCAACAAAACAGGGCUGAAGAAAACGAGAUCCGCUCGGGUUAACCCGAUUAAUCGCCGGAAAACGAGUUUUUCCUCCGGCGAGCGUUCCAAUUCCUUUGUCGGAACCGAUGAGUACGUCUCGCCGGAGGUAAUUCUCGGCGACGGUCACGAUUUCGCCGUCGAUUGGUGGGCCCUUGGUGUUUUGACGUACGAGAUGAUGUACGGAGAGACGCCGUUCAAAGGGAAGAGCAAGAAGGAGACUUUUCGAAAUGUGUUGGUCAAAGAACCCGAGUUCGCCGGAAGACCCAACGACCUCACGGGUCUAAUCCGGCGGUUACUGGUGAAAGAUCCGAGUAGGCGGUUAGGUAGCCACCGUGGCGCGGCGGAGAUAAAGGAGCACCCUUUUUUCGCGGGUGUGAGGGAAUAUUUGGAGAAACUGAGGACGACGACGUCAUCAGCUCUUUCGUCACCGUUAAACUCUCCGCCGCACGUGUGUCAUGAAAAUGAUCCGUUUAUUGAUUUCUGAUUCACGUGUGGGGGAAUUUUACAUGUACAAAGUUGAAGAUUAUAAUUUGUUUUUUUUUGUUGUGUAA